AUGCAGUUCCUGUCCCGGCUGCAGUGGUACACCCGCCUGUCGCCAGUAUGCAGCCAGCUGCCCAGCGAGGAAGCCAAGCUGAAUGGGACGGAGGAGGAGGGAAUGGUUUGCUGGGCUGCGCUCAAGUUUGAACAGCUGAAGAGAUUCCUGGAAAGAACCUUCCCAAAGAGCCUGGAGAUCACUGGGGACAUUGGCAACCUCCCUGGUGCCUUUGAGGUGACGCUCCCAGAAUCGCACCAAGUUUUGCAUUCCAAGCUUAACGGUGAUGGGUACGUGGACACCAACGAGAAAGUCAAGAAGAUUUGCGAUGGCAUCUGGAAGAUCCUGAGGCCCUAUUCCAAGCUGGAGUUCAUCAUGCCAGAACCAUCGGCAAAAGUGGCAGAGAAGCCAGCGCCCGAGCCCCCAACCCAAAUCCUGGUCCGAGAGGUCGCCACCAUCCAAGCCUCAGAAGCCGGCACCAUCAAGCUCCCCAGCGCCAUCAAAGUCUCCAACGCCGGCCCCAUCAGAGCCUCCAACGCCGGCCCCAUCAAGGUCCCAGAUGCCGGCACCCGGCCCCUCAAGAAAACAGGCAGAGAGGUGGAUGCCGGCGCACCCAGUGCCGUAAAAUCCCCGGCAGAGCGGGAGCUGGAGCGGAAGGCGUCGGCCAAGGUGGCCAAGAAGGCCAGCGUGGGCAAAGCAACGGUGGAGCAGGAGCUGGAAGGGAAGCCAUCGGCAAAGGUGGUGAGGAAACCAAGCGGGGGGAAGUCCAUGGCGGAGCGGGAGCCGCAGCGGAAGGCGUCGGCCAAGGUGGCGAGGAAGCGGAGCAUCGGGAAGUCCAAGGUGGAGCCGGAAGGGGAACCCAAGCUGGAGGUGGAAGGAAGAGCGGCCCCCAAGGGCCCCCCAGAGGACAAGCCGCCGGGCAAACCCUGAAGGCGAUGAGUGUCGGGAGAUCCAGGAUGUGGAUCGGGGGCAGAUCAUGAUGGAGUCGUCCGCAAAGGAGGAGCAGUCUCCCUGGGCGGCCCCUGAGGCACCUGCUGCUGCCCCCCCCUCCCUGGAUCCUCCCCCCCUGCAACUGGCAACAAUACAAGCGCCUGAUAUCCGGUG